AGCUUCUGGGGCGUGGUUUCCAGUCCGUGGUCUUCAUAUUAAGCAUUGGCUCCCUCUCAGCCUCGACUGCCCAAAGAUCUUUAAGUCGAUGGCUGCAGCAAAACCCCGAUCAGAUGAGGGAGGCCGAGAAAACUACAAAAAGCAAACACCGGAACAUGACUUUUCCCCAAUGUCAAACAAUCAUACAAGCACGCAUCCACACAUCAGGGGCCUAAACCAACGAUCUCCCGUCAGUUAGAAAGACAAGCCUUGGGUAUGGAACCGAUCUUGAAAUUGGCGUAGAGGGGGGGGGUUUACUUGGUCUUCGCGGUGCAGAGCUUCUUGUGGCGCUUGAAGGCUUCUGCUGCUGACCGAGGAUUUUUCCCAUCGUCGAACUCUUGGUCUCGCCGUCUUUUUCCCAUCGCCGCCGCCCUUGCCGAUACAAUAGGGUUGACAAUUCAUUCCAUCCUCUUCGAUCGGCCGCCGGAUAUUUCGGAGACUGGCGAUUCAAGGGAACUUCGAAAAGGGAAGAGAGAGUUACGGCUUUGAGAUUCGUGACAUCCGAAUCCGAUGCUGACGAGCUUUUUUAUAUGCGGUCAUGGGCGGAUGUAACAGAGAGGACACGGUUGUGAGGAGAAGAGAGGGACCAUAGGGGAAUCCUUUUUGCUGCUGUUGCUCUUCGCUUACGAGAUUUAUCUGUCUCUUGAUCUCCUUGAUUCUUCAGCGUGUAAAAUGAGGCUUCUUUAAUUUAUUUUUAUGAAGUUGCAGAAUAGUAGAGGCAAUGUCAAGGGUGAUCAAGAAGUUCUUUAUUGCAUCGAUGGUCAUGUGGAUAGCUCCAGUAGCUAUAUUAUAUGGGUUUAACAAUCACAUAUUUCCUGGUACAAGUAAGCUUUCAUCUUCAUCUCAAACACUUGUUAGUGGAUUUCUUGCUGUUAUAUCAGUGAAUCUGGUGAUUGUGCUAUACAUAAUCAUGGCGAUAAAGGAGCCUGGCAGCAAUAUGGAGCACCAGCCUGAUCCUGCAUUCUUAGCAGAAGCUAAAGCUAGCAUUAACCAACCAGCAGCUGUGACAACUGAUGACAAUGCCCAAACUCGGGAGAAAGCAGAAUAAGGAUUCAUGUCCAAGUCAAAUUCCUUGAGAAAUUUAAUGCAAGUGGCGCCCAGAUGGAGUGGAUUACCUAGAGAAAGACAAACUGUGAACAUGAUGUUGCCUGUAACAUUUUGGUUUGGCAUUGCAAUAACUUAGGACAGUAACAUGGCCAUGUGAUAUUGGUAGUACUUGUGUACCUCAAAACCUUUGUGCAAAUUGUAAUGACAACAUCCAUGUUCAUGCC